AUGCCAACAGCGGCAGGCUCGGUGAUCACGGAAGCAUCGUCAACGAUAUCGUCGUCACGGUCGUCGUCGAAGCUCGAUACCGAAACGGCGACGUCGAGCACUGGUGGUGUCGCUGGCCGACAGCUGGCGAUAGAAAUCGAGACGAUCGAGCGCCGGGUCUGCGCGACCCGACGCGACCUCUUCGUGCCCGUGACCGUCGAUCCGCGGCCCAGCCGGGCCGUCCACUGUCCCGACCUGAACGCCUGCCUGGUGAACGAAACUCGAACAGGCCGCGAGCAGCAGGUCGACUGCCAGGCGAUUCACUUUGGCUACGCGAUCCCGGUGAACGUGGUCCCGCUCGAGACCGAUCCACGGCUCGCCGAGCUAGUCUUGGACCACUCGACCGAGUUGAGCAGACGCGCCGCGAGCUUCCUGCUCGAGCACCAUCCUCAGCUGCGUCAGCAGCAGCAGCAGCAGCAGCAGCAGCGUCAGACACAGCAGGAACGUUGCCCGAGCAUGGCGGCCACCGCGAAGCACGACCUGCGUCAAAAGUUCCCGACGGAGACGUCGACGUCCGGCGACGAGGACAUCGCCGCGAUCGCCAAGCAGAUCAGCGAUCACGCGGAGGCGAUCUAUCAGACGUGGAAGAGCCGCGGACUAGCCCCUACCGAGAUACUCAACUGCCACAGCAAUGCCACGGCCGCGGACAAAUUUGGUAGCGCUCUCACGCCGACGUCCGCGUCCAACAGUCCGAACAGCACCGGGAAAGUUACUCCCACGGCUGCGAGCCCCACCAGCGCGGUGGACAUAUUGAGUCAAACGCCGAGUCUCGACAACGGCAACUUGGAGAAGCUAGUGAACAAUUUCGUGGUGGAGGAUAAGGCUAGGUUAGCCGCGUCGAGGCAGAGGUCGCCGUCGAAGACCCUCCCGUCGUCGAUACAGUUCGCGUUGGAGAAGUUCGAGAAGAACUCGAUGCAGCAGCAACAGCAGCAACAGCAACAAUCGCAGACUUCUCCUCUGAAGAACAGCAACCAGAUUGGCAACCAAGUGAUAAAAGCGAAGCAGGGGAACGUCUUGCUGUCGCCGACGUCCCCUUUCGCGAACAAGCCGUCGCAGAUAGUGAAGCCUCAGGUGUCCACGAAAACUCCCGGUGCUCACCACCGAUUGACCACGUGGCCCUUGAAGAACAAACUGAACGACAGCAAGAGAGCGGCGGAUCCUUGCAGAUCGCCUCAGCAGGAAGUGAAAUCGUUGACCAACAAGGAGGAGAAGAGAAACAGCAGCUCUAACUCGAGCGUCUACCUCGACGAGGUUGCUCGCGAGGAGGAAAGACUGAUAAACGCCCUGAAGACCGGCUCGGUGAUUACGGAGGAGCCCGCGGAGCGAACGGUGCCGCUGACUCGCCAGAAACCGGCGAUAAAGAGGGAAAAACCGAAGGUGGAGCCUGUCAAGCCGAUAAUCAUCGGUCACAAUCAUCACGCGGCCGGUCUGGUGACCACUUCCGCCGCGGUGGUGAACAGCGUCGUAUCUCCGGCGACGUCUGCCGGCAACGCUAGCGCCACAUCGGACGCGAAGUCUCUCAGCAAAGAUGAUUUGUCCAACAUGUCCGUGGUGGACUACGCGAAAGUCAGAUACCGGGCGGCUCAGCAAAAUCCUCCGACUCAGCAGAGACUGGAGGAGCAGAGGACAAAUAACAGUUUCAAUUCCACGGAGCAGCUGGUAUCGACCACGAGGUUCAAGUUCGAAACGGAGAUACAAAAGGACAAAGAGGCUAGCAAGGAGGAGAAGGAUCCCGUUACGUCCAGAUGGGGUCCCAGGAUCAAUUCUCCUAGACCGAGGAUCGAGCAGGUACCCCAUCCGGAGUUGACCACGCAGCAGAAGCAGCACAUAAGGGCUGCCGCUGCGACUGGCACCGGGAACAAUCCCAUCAGACCGUUUCUCACCAGAGGAUCCGUCGCGGAACGCGUUCUGAUCUUCGAGAAGUGCCCGAGCGAGCUGUUGCUCGAUAAACGGGGUCCACGACAGCCGGCCAUCAACACUUGGAGGACCGGGCACGAUGUUCAGAACAAGGCGCAGAUUUUACUUCCCCGGUGGGAAACCAUUGCCAUUGUCGCAGGUGGAGGCAACCGUCGCCAGGAUCACCGCUGCUUUUCAAACUCUUCCCGGUCAUCGUGCCUCUCGUGCCCAAUUUCACACCAUCACCAAGGCAUGCGACUUGCCGCUCUACUGGAAGGUGCCGCUUUUCCUCGCGGCCGGCGGAGAUCAGACCGGCUACGUCGAGAUGAACGCGUUCCUCGAGUUUUGGAAAGAAAUGUCCAACACCCACCAUGACGCAGCAAGCAAGUUUAUCCGGAUCACAACCCGGAGCCAGAGGAAUAAUAUACUACCAGAGGAUUUGAUCCCGCUGGUGCAAGACGUGGUCGAGACCCAUCCCGGUUUAACUUUCCUCAAAGAGGCUACUGAGUUCCAUUCACGCUACGUACACACGGUGAUCGCCAGGAUAUUCUACUGCGUGAACCGAAGCUGGAGCGGGAGAAUCUCCGUCGCAGAGCUGCGGAGGAGCAACCUGCUGUCGGUGAUCGCGAUCCUCGAGCACGAGGAGGACAUAAAUCAAGUGACUGCCUACUUCAGCUACGAGCAUUUCUACGUGAUCUACUGCAAGUUUUGGGAGCUUGACCGGGAUCACGAUCUCUUCAUCGACAAAACCGAUCUCACGAAGCACAACGAUCACGCUCUUUCCAAGCGCAUGAUCGCGAGAAUAUUCAGCGGCGCGGUGACCAGGGGUGGCGUGAAAAGCGGAAACGGCGUUCAACAACCCCAGGAUAAGAUGAGUUACACGGAAUUCGUGUGGUUCCUGUUGAGCGAGGAAGACAAAAACCACCCGACCGCUAUUGAAUAUUGGUUCAGAUGCAUGGAUCUCGAUGGCGAUGGAUACCUAUCGAUGUACGAGUUGGAAUAUUUUUACGAAGAGCAAUUGCAUCGCAUGGAAGCGAUUGGACUGGAGACGUUGCCCUUCGAGGAUUGCCUUUGCCAGAUGUUGGACAUGAUCAAACCAGCAAAGCCGGGGAAAAUAUCUCUGAGUGAUUUGAAGAAGUGCAAGAUGACCUCAAUCUUCUUCGACACGUUCUUUAAUCUUGAGAAGUACCUGGAUCACGAACAGAGAGAUCCCUUCGCAUCCGCCAGAGAGCACGACCCUGAUGGCCACGAGGUCAAACGAUUCCAUGUCAGAGGACACGUUUUCCCAGAACCUGGAAACCCUGGACAGUGAAUCCGUGGACAUGCUUCAGGGUGCAGAUAUACAAUUCCAAGGGUACACCGAUCUACCUGCGAUCGGCCCAUCGGAUUCCAUUCAAUCGAGAAAUCAAUAUUACGACAGCGGUGACAGCGACGAUUACGCCGAGAGCGAUAAUUGAAUGGGGAGAAACUGAACGUCAAUCACGGGGAAGAGAAAGCAAAAGAAAGGGGGAGAUUGCCUUUUCUCUCCCUGGUGGCAAUUCAAUAGUCUAAACGCGUAGUUGUUUUCCAUAUAAUAGGAGUGUCGUGUAAUCUUUUUGUGAACAGCCGUAUAUUAUGGUGAAACGAUUCUCGGUACAUAUAUGGGACGAAUCUAUUCGGUGAUCCGGUUCGAAUCGCCUCUCGCAAGUACAAAGACAUUCAAGAAUGAUUUGAAUGAUUCUACCUGAACAGAAUAGUCGAGCAACUUGGAAAUGUUGUGUCGGUGAAACAGAUCCGCAAGCUUCUUCUUCUUUUUUUUUUUUUU